AUGUCGAGUUCUCCAGAUACAGGCCUUGUUGCCUCAUUGCUCUGGUGCUUCUCAUUUGUUGACCGUGAUUCGGAUAUGAUAUUCCAAGGCAAGAUUGCAGAGCAAUCCAGUGAAUGGGAUGCCGAUGUUGACUGGCUUGCAACCAUCAUUGCCAGAAGUGGAGCUGAUCUCCCCAAACUCUUCGACACCAUCCGCGCAAGCGGAUUUCUCGGUGAAAUCAUCCCGCACAGCUUACAGAUGUUCAAGGAGAUGCAUCCAAUGGCUGGGAUUUCUCAAAAUCCCCACGACCGCGAGGGAAAGCUGGGCUUAAAUGGUUUGCCAGAACCGAUGAAUGAUAUUUUCGGAUUUUGGCUUCCACAUGGAUUGAGCUCCGACGAUGAAAUCUACGCGACCCAGCUACGUCGAUGCUUCCAACGUUUCAACGCAAUUGAACGCGUAUUUCAAGAAGUUAAACAUCCCAGCAAACAAAUUGGUACUUGA